UGCCUUACUUCCACAGACCAGUUACAAAUAAUUUCAGCAGAAGACAUAUAGGCUAUGUUAUGUAUCUGUUUUACACGCUCGCUCCAGUAAUACAGUCCAGUUUCCAGUAAACAACAGUACUUAUGUAAAAAUGGUCGAGAAACGCUCUGAAUGCGUAGCUGAAAAACUGGGCAGCAGCUGCGAGUAUCGCUACGACAAUGAUGAUUUUAUCGCAAGCGGUGCUUUUGGAAUGAUAUACAAAGGCACGGUGACUUUUCCUGGCGAUUUUACCGGGAGUGGUCACGUGGCUGUGAAAGUCGUGCACAUCGCUGUCGAUGAUGCAGAAAAGUGGAAUAAGUUCUACCAGCGUUUGAAAACGCUUGUAACAGUUAGGCACGACAAUCUGAUAUCGUACCAUAAAGUGACAAUCAAAAGCGCUGAGACAGGAGCAAAGGUGGAACUGGUAAUGGAUUAUUGUGCCGGUGAUCUGACAUCGCUCUUCAGAAUGGUGCGUCAACACAAAUGCUACCUCGAUUACCAGCAGACCAUGCGUUACGCCAUUGAUAUUGCCCAGGGACUGGAUCAUCUGCAUGACAUGAAGAUGAUACACGGUGACAUGAAACCGGGAAAUAUCCUUGUCAAGCAGAUGCCAGACGGUCCCCGAAGACUGCUUAUAGGAGAUAUGGAUGAUAUGGUGCACAUGCAAAAAAGCGUCACGGUAUCCGCCGACAUCACCCAUCCUCGCGGCACCUUGCGCUACAUGUCGCCGGAAAUGUUGAAAAAGUUUGCUGAGAUGGUCGGAGCAGAACUGCCAGGCAGAAUGACCGACGUGUGGAGCUUAGGUUGCAUUAUCUUGGAGUUAGCACAGGUUUAUGCGCUAUGCGAAGAGAAACUGUUGCAAAACAAGGAAACCUUUGUUAGCGGAGGAAAUGAUGUCGCGGAGCAGCGAUUUAUCCAGUUAAUCAUCAGUGGUUAUACUCCGUUUGUCAAUGGCUCAAUUCCACCCCAUUUGGGACUCUGCAUACAGCAGUGUCUCAAUCGGAAUACGGACAGCCGCCUUUCUGCGCGUAAAGUUCUCGAUAAACUGCACGAAGCGCAGGACGUACUUCCAGCGCGUAAGAUUGCAUGCUGGCAUAAACCACAUAACAGAGACAGCGACAGUCCAUUGUUUGAGCUAUUUGACCCUAGCAACAACACAAUACAGAGUCUUCAGCUUCCUCCUGGGCUUCUUGAGCAAAAGGGUUUCGAUUGGAAGUUCGAGCAUCGGAUCGUGGCCUUUAAUGAAAUAGAAAUUGCCCUCAUUUUUAAAACUCCAGACGAAUACUGGCGCGCGAUCUUUUGGAAUGUUCGGAAAUGUAGCAUGCGCUCGUUCGGCUUUCCAACCACCAUAUCAAUGGUCGUUGAACCGGUAGCGGUAAACGGCACGAUAUAUUUCUGGGACUACCAAGAUGGCACUAUGAUUUUUAAAGCAACCAACAUUUAUGAAGACACUACAGUCAUCUUGGAAAGUGGCAAUCAAUGGCAAAACAGGCAUGGAAGCAUAGUGAGCUCGACGAAAUGCGGAAACAAAAUAGUUUACAUAGGGACGCAGGAGGCCACAGGCUCGAUGUGGGUGGAAUGCUUUAAUACGGCAACCGGCAUUUGGCAGACCUUGCCAGAUGUCCCAGACCAGCGUAAACAUUUUGCCAUGGUUAUGAUCAAUGAAAAUAUUUAUUUGUUGGGUGGAAUAACUAAAAGCUUCAUCCCAGAAGACAGAACUUCUCCGUGGGCUGCAACAGCGUCUUGUUUACACCUGAACUUGCAGAGGCCCAAUUGGGAAGAAAUGCAUCCGUUUCGGCAGCCGAGAUUCGGACAUAGCGCUUGUGCAGUUAAGGACCAGAUUUACGUUCACGGUGGAAUGGCAGUAGAGCGGCUGGUAAUUCCAGAGACAGAGAUGCUGGACAUCAAAUGCGAGGCACCGUGGGCCACCGUCAAAAUGCACGGAACCAGUGUCCAAGCCAGCGGAAUCUUUGCUAGCUGCUCGUCAUGUGCAGUGCCCUUGCUCAGUUGGAAAGAAGACCCAGUUCCUACCCCAUCAAGUACCAGAUCGAGCCUACCGGACGUCGAAAUUCCGCGAUGGAAGCAGUUAAAAGAGAAGGGUAACGCUUAUUUCAAAGACGAUCGCUUUACCGAUGCCAAAGUCGAAUACACAAAAGCGCUGGAAUCAAAUCCAGGAGAAGCUGUCUUGUACUCCAACCGUGCGCUGUGUGAGCUGCAACUUGGAAAUUUCGGGUCAGCUCGCAAGGACGCCGAGCAGGCCAUUGCACUUGCCGAACACAACGUAAAAUACUACUGCAUUCUAUCGAAAGCUCUGCUUGAACUGGAUCUGUUAAAGGAAGCAUUGUCCGUUUGUCAGAGAGGUUUGAAAAUAGAUGCCAACGAAAGCACUUUGCUUAAAAGACAGCGUGAUCUUCAAAGUCAGAUUGCUCAAAAAUUCAACACCUCACAUCCUCGACCAGACCCAAAAAUCAGCCUGGAAACUGGUGGCAAGAGGUGGAAUGAUGUUACUCAACCGGAGGACACUGAUGUUCGUAUACUGGAUGACGCGGGAUUCCAAGAGCACCAAAAACAACACACUGUAGUCGGAAUGGCACAUAUUGCGUUGACCGGAGCGAUGGGUCAAAAGAGAAACCUUAACCGUGCAUUUAAACUGUUCAAGGAAGCUGCCGAUCUGGGGAGCGCCGAAGGGCAGUAUAAUUUGGCACAUAUGUAUGGUCAGGGUGAGGCCACACACGUCAAUCAUGACCUGAUGUUGAAGUAUUAUCGGUUCGCGAGCGCCCAGAAACCAUUUAUCAAGUAUGGGGGCCAGAUUUCCGCUGUACUAGGUGUGUCACACGCGGAGCACGCGUUAGGGGUGUGCUAUCGCGACGGAAUAGGUUUUGACAAAAAUCCAAGAAAAUCUGUCCAGCAUUUUUUAAAAGCGGCGAAAUGGGGCCACGCUGAAGGACAAAACAAUGCCGGAGCUGCCCUGCUUAACGGAGAGGGUGUGGCGCAAAAUCUUCCGGAAGCGCGGUACUGGUUCGAGCGCGCGGCCAAACAAGGAAUCGCCGAAGCCCAGUUGAACUAUGCGUCAAUGCUGGAGGACGGCCGAGGUGGGCCGGUUGACAAACACAGCGCCUUUGAAUACUACAGAAAAGCGGCGGAGCAAGGAUCGCAGCAUGCAAUUGCACGCCUGUGGCGCCUGUCAAACAGCGGAGAUGCGACUGCGGAACAGCAGGAAGACCUGGCUGUCCUGCUUGGCGAGCUGACAACCAAGGAAAAUGUGCACAUUCUGCACUUUCUGGCUGGCUACUAUUAUCAUGUGCAACACUUCGGAAUUGCCGUUGCGUUGUGGACAAGAGCCGCUGAACUGGGUCAUGCAGACUCACAGAUUGCGCUGUCCCAAGCCUUACUAGAAGAUCACAGGUAUACAGAAGCUUUUCCUUACUGCGUGCAAGCCAGUGAACGAGGAGACCUGACAUCUCAGCUGUCUCUCGCAAGACUACUAGCACAAGGGUCCGGCUGCCAGCGCGAUGUGACUGCGGCCAGAGAAUGGUUCCAGCGUGCCAUUAACCACUCAGCUGAACCGGAAGACCAACAAACUAGGGCGGGGUUCGAACGGUUGCUCCAGAUUUCCGAAGCCGUUUGCGAGUUUGAGCGUUCUCAGUUAUCGGAACCGACGGGAAGCAAGAGCAUGAAAUGGUCUCACAGAGUGCAUCGGUAUUUUCAGUGGAAGGGUGCUUCAGCUGCUGAAAUUGAUGUGGCUAGACAUUUUGAUACGUUGUCAGAACACCGGAAUCCGGUACCGAGAAACUCCGCCUUGCAUGAUCAAGCACAUUUAGUGGAACCGGCAGCGAAAGGCUCGAUAACAGCCAAAAAUGUUGUUAAAGCGCUUGCAAUGGUCGAGGAAGGGUACGAAGCAUGGCAAUAUGGGGACAUCACAACGGCUUUCCACCUGAUCCGAGAAUCCACUAAAUUUUACGACGUCAACGAUUUCUAUUUUUCCGAUAUGCUAGCCUUCAUUCAAGAAAAUAACUUAGAAACCGCCGAUGCUCUCUUCGUCAAAGCAUGCCAUCUUGGCAACGACAUUGCAGGUAACAUUGCAUUCAUGGAUCGUUGCAUUCGUUUGCACCCGAAGGAAGCCGAUUUUCAUCACCUGCUCGCUUGUUAUUAUGGAUUCGGGUGCAUGGACAAAGAGCUGUUGGCCAGCGUGCACCGUGCUUACGAGUUAGAACCCCGCCCCAACUGGCUAUACACGGUCGCCACCGGGUUACGCAAAGUCUUCGAGGGUCACUUAGGUAGCAUUUAUGCGAAACACGCCAACCAGGAGGCCAUGCAGAAAGAGAUAAACGAGGUUAUUGCUGCAUACCAGCGGUAUUUCGAUGGAAAUCCUAAAGACGAGCGCAAAGUUCCUGCUGCACAGUUUUAUGUGGCAUCAUUGUACGCUAUGGGUCCGCAGGCCGACGUGACAAAGGUCCUAUCAUACUACAAAAAGGCUUGCGAGGCGGAUACGAACCGUAUAAAGUUUUUUGAUGGGAUACCUGACGAUUUCCCACCAAAACUGCAGGCCGAGAUGGUGCUUCGAAUAGUUUUUCCGGCAGAGGUCGCACGGGUGAACUUCAACAUUAAUAUGCCGGCACAUGAUCACCAUGCUGAAGGCGUAUGCACAGAAUGUGGAAAGCCUCAUUCCCCUUAUACCUGUGUCUGUUUGACGGCAGUGUACUGCGGCAAAGAAUGCCAAAAAACGAACUGGAAGUGGCAUAAAGCGAUAUGCGCCGUGAAGUUCGCAAAGAUGCAGAAACUGCAUAAGCGCAUUACUAUGUAGCUUGUAACGUAUUGUCCGGAAAUAAGGAAAUUAAUUUUUUUCGUCCAUUGUACAUGCUUCGCAUGUUUUGCCAGUUAUCUACUAGUAUUUAUCUCUACAUCUUCUAUCUGUACCCGCAUGUAAUUUUUAUUCUAAUUAUAUGUAAUUUGCUCUUAUGCUUUCUGAUGUUUUUUUUCUGGUUUUUCAUUUUUACUCAUGUCCUCAUGUGCCAUCAGAAUUCUGUCAGCAA